CUCCUGGCUUCUCCAUUGCGGGGAGGACCGGGCAAUGGAGAAGCGUCACAACACAAACGGUCCAAAACUCAUAUCGUAACACCACAACUUCACGAUGUGUAUACGCUGGUCUGCGUACUCGCGCACGCACAUGCACACGCUCACAAACGUUCAGACACGCGAGUGCAGCCAUGGAUUGAUGGAUGGAUUGGAUCAGGUAGACGGGCUGUGCUUGGUGUGCUGUGCAUAUUUGCCGAGCGCCCAGAUGGGAAACACAUUCCGAUACGCCUGCAGUAAAGCACUCAUGCACAUGGAUCCCUCUGCGUCUCUGUGUGUGUGUGUGUGUGGCCUACAGUGUAUGUGAUGCCGACAGAGCGGUUGAAGACACCCACAAUGUUCUCCUGAGAACACACAGACAGACACACGCAUACACAGAGGAAUGCAAUGCAUGUGUCUGCCCCCAUGCACACACACGUGUCUGUGCUGUGGGUGGGUGUGAGAGCGUACCUGUGGCCAGUCGCCGUCACUGGUCUGUCGCGACAUGAUGUACUGGGCGGCGAGGUUGAGGGCCUCCUGCACACCAUGCCAUGCACACACACGGGUGUGGGUGGAUGGAUGGAUGGAUGGAUGCCUCAUUACCUUGUCUGGACACUCUGCCUCGAGCAAAGCCAGCAGCGCCCAGGACGAUUGGAUCACCUGCAUUCAUGGACACAUCGCAUGUGCUCUGUCUGUCUGUCUGUCUGUCUGUCUGUGCAAGUCGAUGCGCUACGUUGCUCUGACGGCUGGCCGAUUCGCGAACAGGGCCCUGCAUACACCCACACCCACAGAACGACUUUGUCUGUGUGUGUGUGUGUGUGUGUGUGCGGACUGACCUGGUCGUAUUUCCAUGUGGUGCAGCUCUCGAACGACUCAUACCAGCCGCCAUCGGCCCUCUGUUUGCUGAGUAUCAUGUGUACGCAUUUCUGGAUGGCCGUGUGGGAGGGGGCCACACCACACGCCUGCACAGCAGACAGACAGACACCCACCGUGCCCAUCACAUGCAUCCCUCUGUGUGUGUGUCUGGGCGUGGCGUACCCUCAGCCCCUCUAUGGCGAACCAUGACGCAUAGGUGAAGCACACACCCCAAGAGCCAUACCUACACACACAAGCAGAUGGGGGCCUUUGCAUGAUCGAGAUCUCUCUCUGUGGUUGUGAGUGUGUGUGUGCGUGUGUGUGUACCAGCUGCCGUCUUCCAUCUGCUGCGCCAAGAUGAAGUCACGCCCUCGCCUGUGUGUUCCAUCCAUCCAUCCAUCCAUCCAUGUGUGUGUCAUGAUGUGGUUCUGCUCACCUGAUGGCCCUCUCUAUGUCGCUGCCUCGGUACUCCGGACGCACACGGGAAAACGCGCCAAGGGCUGCCAUCCGUGCAGUGCACACACACAGGGAGGCAAUGUGUGAGAGUGAGUGUGUGUGGCUGUGUAUGGCACACGCCCACCAGUGACACAUGCGCUGGUGCAUUCUGUGUAGGAGUAGUCGAUCAUGAUGUCGCCAAACGACUCGCACGGGUUCAGCAACUCAUACAAAGGGGAACUGACACAAUCCAUGUGGGUAUCACAGUGCGUAGAAAGAGAAAGCACUCACCCGCGCGUCGGCUCGUAUGUGGCCCAGCCGCCGUCACGGUUUUGCAGCGAAAGGAUGUAGUCGAUGCCUACACACACAUGACACGCAUCUGUCAGGUAAAACAAACGUGCGCGUGCCUCUGCGUAUGCGUGUGUGUGCGUGUGGGUACCGACCGUCGCACAUGCGUUCAUACGGGAGGCUGCCGUCCUUGAGCGCGUCAACUUGCGCCAAAGCAAUGGAACACUGCACGCACACACACACACACACGUGUGGGCCGCCCUUGGUACUCCCUGCGCCCACACUCACGUACCUUGAUCCCCUCUGCCGUGCAGUCACUCACAGGCCAGUUCUGCUCACGAUGCACACACAAUAUUCACAUCGUGGAUUUACACAGAGAGAGAUGUGUGUCCCACUCACCUGGUCGCCCACAGUGAAGGGCCAGCCGCCCUUGCAAUUGUGGCGGAAAUACUUGGUGGUCGGCACAUCAUGACACACCUGGGAGUUGUUGACGAACGCCUGUAUCUUGCGCAGCAUGGGCGUGUAAUCGCUGUGUAUGGGCGUGGACAAAGCCGCCUGUCACACACAAUCACGGAUUCAUCCACACGUUUGCGUGCGUGUGAGCAAACACACGUACUUGGCACGCGAAGGCAGUGUCCCACAGCUGAGAGCCGCACUGCACACACACAAGAAACAACACACACAUCCAUCCAUCCAUCCAUCCAUCUGUGUGUGUGUCACACACACGACGAACCUCGCCUUGCAUCUUGAUGCCGUCCUCUGCCAGCCACAGGUAAUCCGCCAGCCGAGGUAUGUGCUUCCAGUACUCAUCGCUCUUGGGGUUCUCGGCAAAGCAGCACAGCAUGUUCAAUGUCUAAAUGAUACGGAAACAAUUGCAGACCAUGUGUGUGCGUGAGUGUUUAGGUGUGUGUUUACUUUGUUGACAGGUCCGAUGCAGAUGUAGUAGCUGAAGGCGUCUUCGUGGUGGACAUACUCCAUGGCGAAUCGCAUGCACGCACUCCUGUCACACACACAAGGACACACAGAUGGAUGGAUGGACGGACGGAUGGAUGGAUGGACAGAAGCGCGUGCACUUCGUUGUUUUCUGACCGACCGGAAUUUGCGCAGCGCACCGACAUGAGGAACGACCCUGUACACGUACACACUUGUGCAGAUCCAUGUGGCCGACACGGAGUGCUCUGUGUGCGUGUGUGCGCGUGUGAGUACCUCUCGUAUACGGAGAGAAGUGAGAUGAGAACCUUCAUGGGCACUGAGCAACACACAGACGUGCUGAUAUAUACGGGCUACACACACACGUAUAGCUACCCACCGGCCACUUCCACAUAGCAGUCGAUGUCGGCCGACGGCGUCUGAAAUGCACUCAAUCAACGUGCCAUGAUCAUGCAGAUACCCAUGUGAAUAAUGAGUCAUAAUACGCUUGCCUGUCUGGCUUUCGCCCAGUCGACUCGCUCAUAGGGGCACGUGUAGAGCUCGGUCCGCAGUGACAGCACCUACACACACGUGCGCCCGCGCACACACCGACGUCACACGGGUGAGUCACUUACAUACAUUAUUCGCACCAGUGUGUCAUUUGCGGCGUCUUUGCUGUAUCUCUUGCCGUAGAGGUAGCUCAUGGGCAGCUUCACCAGACGGGCAUGCACCCACACGUUGCCAGGGUGAAAGGGGAACCACCUCGGCAGGCCCCACAGCUGUUUGCAUGAACGCAUCACACACAAGUGUGCAGACACAAGUGGUGGGCCUGGGCUUGUGUACGUGCGUGUAUGAUGCUGACCUCUGGCGGGAUGGGCAUCAGCCCGUCCCACUCGUACACACCCAACACACACAGCCAGAACCGACACCUGUGUACGCAUACACAUGUACAUAUACAUAAUAUACGUACGUGUGGAUGCGUGUGUAUGUAUGCCUCACUAGCAAACACCCGUACCAGAGUGGCGACCUGACGGCGCCCCCAUGCGCGUGAAUGAACGCCUGUUUCGCCGGGCACACACACACACACACACAUCCAUAUAUAUACACGUAUGUAUGUAUGUAUGAAUGAAUGAUAUACAUACAGCAUCUGUCAGUGAUGUGUACAAGUAUAGCAUGUGUCAGUGAUCGAUCGAUCGCACCCACCCGUGCGAGUCUGCAGCUCUUGUGCUCUUUGUCAGUGCCGAGCAGCCGCAGCGACACGUAAGACAGCACAGUGCCGAACAUCGUCGACGCACCUGCACGCACACAAAUGCACACAGACAUAUUGCAGCAACGCGCAUACAGACAGAGAGUGCGUCCUUUUGCGUGUGCGUGUGUGUGUGUGUGCACACUUACCUUCGAUGUGUGUGCCCCAGCCGCCAUCAAUCUGCUGGUGGUUGCGCAGGUACACACACAGCCCUGAAGACAAUACAGACGGACAGACAGGUACUUAUUUGCUGUGUGUGAAACGCGCGAAGACCCCCGUACCUCGCUUGACGUGCUCGCCGAGGUCAUGGCCUACAUGCAGUGCACACGUAAGUCACCUGUGUGUCGUUUCUGAGUGUGUGCGUGCCCGCCCACCAGUGAUGUAGCAAGCGAUGACCAGACCGGGAAUGAGGAAAUGCGGACCUCUGUCGGCACACACACUUGAUGAAUGUACACGUACACCUGCACACGUACCCAUAGUCGCCUGCGAAGUGCCCGUCGUCGCACUGCAGCCUCUCGUAGAAGGACAGCCCCUUGCGCAGACACGAGACCGCUGUUGCAUGGACACGUCGACACAUGCACACAUUUGGGAGUGUGUCGCAUGUGUUUGUGUGGGUACUUGCGCCCUCCUCUCUCUCUUCCGGCUGAUCCUUGGCUUUGCUGCGGGCUAGCAGCUGCCUCCUGCACACGGACACACACGUAGUCAUCUGGAUGAAUGUAUGUAUCGAUUGACGUGCACCUCAGCGGUUUAUCAGCGGCGUUUGGAUUGAUGUGUGGAUCGAACGAGUCGUCGGCUGGCGAACUACCUGCACCCACCCACACGCGCAGACAAACAGACAGACAGAUGCACGUGUGCAGUGAGUCAGUGUAUCAUCAAUCUGUGGGUGUUCUUGGGCGUGUGAGUGCGCACCUGUCUUGCUGACGUACCGCCACACCUGACGGCCAACGAGGGAGCCGGUCAGCUGACCUGUAUGUGAGUGGCCCAGCGAUGAGUCGAUGUGUGUAUGUGUCUGCGUGUGUGAGUACCCUUCUCGUCUUUCUGCACUGAUUCAUCGCUUGAUGUGAACACCCUAUGCAUAUACAUUUGCACACACAUUUAUACUAUGCACACACGAAGGGACGGACACUAAGCUCAGCGCACCAUCCUUGUGUGGCCUCGCCGGUUUCUCUCCUCAGCUCCUCGUCACGCACAGCGGAAAAACACGGAUACCUGACGCACACACACACACAGAGAGAGUCGCACACACAGAGUGUGAGCCAGAUCUGCAGGCGAGAUGUGUCCCCGAACAGAUGCGCAUCUAUGUCCACCUGGCCUUGGGGCGCCGCCUCUUGGUGCAUUGCUUCACCAGCCAGGCGAAUACGCAUUGGAAAGGCGACACUAUAAGCGACAACACGUCCAUCUAGG